AUGGUUCGAUUCAUAAGUGGAAUUAACCAAGAUUUGAGGGACACUUUAGAGCUACACCCGUAUGUUGACUUGUCGGAAUUGCUCCAACGUGCGAUUUUAUUGGAGAAACAACACGAGCGAAGGGGGCGAGCUGAUUCUUUCAAUCGACCACCACCCUGGUCCACCCAAACUAUCCUGGAGCCCCGAGGUAUUCCCAAUACUAACAUUAAUAAAUUUUCUAAUGUUGACAAAGAAAAAGGUGUUGCGCAUGCUGGCACAACUCGAAAAUCCCAAAAGGAAUAUGUCCAUGGCAAGAAUCCCCAAAAUCGUGAAAUUACCUAUUUUUGGUGUCAAGGGAAAGGGCACUAUGCCUCUGAGUGUCCGAACAAGAAGGCCAUGAUCUUGACGGAUGCGGGUGAAGUUGUCACCGAUAAUGAAGGAGAUGUAAACGGUGAGAAAAUUCUUGUAUGUGAGGAAAGUACUGCUGCAGAAGAUGAUGAAUAUUCCAAAAUCACGGUGGUAACUCUCCGGUCUCUUAGUACAUUUUCAAAAGGAGAAACCAGCCCAAAUGCAAAGGGAGAACAUCUUCCAAUGUCGUUGCAAAAUCAAAGGCUUGCUAGAUACUACUUGGACAGCCUUGGCAAUUCGAUUGCAGUGUCACCUACUUUGGGAAGGAAAAUACUUUUAUGCUCACACAUGAGGGCAAAAACUUGCCUUACCCCACAAGAAGCCCAUACGGAUCAGGAAGUGAUACAAAGAAAUCAUGUUCAAGAAAUGAUGGCUAUAAAGAACGUCUCGAAAUCAGCGGGAACUCAAAACCCCGUACAAGAGGCAGACAUAAAUUCCAUGGAAUUUUCUGAUGUAUUACCCAAGGAACUACCAAACGAGUUGCCUCCAGUCCGUGGUAUUGAACAUCAGAUUGGUUUCAUACCUGGCGCUCAAUUGCCUAAUAGGCCAGCAUAUAGGGCUAACCCAGAUGAGACCAAAGAGAUCCAAAGACAAAUCCAAGACUUGUUAGAUAAAGGGUGGGUGCGUGAGAGCCUUAGUCCAUGUUCGGUACCGGUACUCCUCGUUCUGAAGAAGGAUGGUAAGUGGCGUAUGUGUGUAGAUUGUAAAGCAAUAAAUGCAAUUACCAUUAAGUAUAGACAUCUUAUUCCUAGAUUAGAUGAUAUGCUUGAUGAACUUCAGGGUGUUGCUCUUUUUACAAAAAUUGAACUUAGAAGUGGUUACCAUCAGAUAAUAAUGAGAGAAGGAGAUGAGUGGAAAAUUGCUUUCAAAACUAAGCUAGGGCUGUAUGAGUGGACUGUCAUGCCUUUUGGCUUAACUAAUGCCCCUAGUACCUUUAUGAGAUUGAUGAAUCAUGGUCUUAUACAUUGCAUAGAAAAGUUUGUGGUUGUUUACUUUGAUGACAUCUUGAUCUAUAGUAAGGAAUUGUCUCCACACAUUGAGCAUGUGAGAGAAGUGUUCACUUUAUUGAGGCAGAACAAACUAUAUGCAAAUGUUGAAAAUGUGCAUUUUGUGUUUCUAGUUGUCUAUUCCUUGGCUAUGUUGUUAGCACACAGAGAAUACAAGUCGAUGAGGAGAAGAUCAGAGCCAUCUAGGAGUGGCCUGUCCCUACCACUGUUCGUGAAGUUUGUAGUUUCCAUGGCUUGGCAGGAUUCUACCGAAGGUGUGGGUAUUGGUGCCAUUGUAAUGCAGAAUUUCCAACCUAUUGCAUACUUCAACGAGAAGCUAGGUGGCGCAGCCUUGAACUACCCAACUUACGACAAGGAGUUAUAUGCCUUGGUUCGUGCACUUCAGGCACAGAAGAUCAGGAGCUUCAUAAGACAAUACAGAAGGAAAUUGAUGCCACCAAUGUGCGGAAUGCCAAAGCUGCUAAUCGUCACCACAAGAAGAUUGUCUUCCAACCCGGUGAUUGGGUGUGGCUUCACUUAUGAAAAGAGAGAUUUCCGGCACAGUAAAUCUAAGUUGUCCCCACGAGGCGAUGCUCCUUUUCAAGUCGUUGAAUGCAUAAACGAUAAUGCCUACAAACUAGACCUCCCAGGUGACGAGAGGUUGAUGGAACAACCUUUUGAAGACAUGGGGGAUGAUGUGACAAUCAUGACGGAAUAG